UAAACGUUUCGGCCAUCUCUCAUGACUUUAUUCUAAUGCCAAUAUGCCAUACCAUGCCCUGUUUCGUUUCCUCAGUUUCCUACCUUUCUUGAACCAGUCUUGGUCCACGCCUGCCCUCCUCCUCCGCUCUCUGGUUCUGUCCUUAUAAUCUCUGCUCUUAUCUAUUCCACCAUUGAUUCCUCAUUCAAGCAAAUUAAGAAUAAAUGGGGCAGAUACAAUUGGUUGCGGCGUUGCUAGUGUGUCUUGGAGUACUCCUCGCUGCCUUUGUUGUUCUGGUACUAUGGCGGUUGGAUUGCUGUAAGAAACGGAAAGAAACGGGUAACCAGACGACGCCGAGGAGGGUGAAUAUUAGAAGUGACCAGAGCUUGGAAGCCGGAAUUGCCAAGCUUCAUAAUAAUCAGCAACAGGGUCUGCAGGUUGAUCAUGUUUCAAGUAAGAAAACGGGGAAUAACUACUACAUGUAUCGUCGUGGGGUUUCGGGAAAAGCAUCCCCUCUUUUUAGUUGGUCUGAUCAUCCCUCCUCCGUCACCGACGCCGUCGAAAAUGGGUGGUCACGAUUUGCUUUUGCGACCACUUACACGUCGUCACCGUCCACGCGAUCGAGGCGGCUGUUGGGGUUGUGCGCCGUUGGUGAGCACAGAGUGAGAGAGACGGAGCCGGAGAUUAGUUGGGAAGUUUGUCAAGGAUCGGUGGAUUUCAUGCAGAAGAUCAGAUUAAACUCCGGCCUGAAAAGAGUGUUGAAUUCCGGGAGCACCACCGCAGCUGCUGCCUCUGUGAUUAGGACCUCUCUUCCUUUGCCGGGGCCUCCUUUAGGGAACAACUCAUUUCCCCAAGAGGCCUAUUUCGAGAUCACGGUUUUGUUUUCUCUUGGAGAUGAAGUAAAUAGUGAAAGUGAGAAGACCAAGCUCAUUAAAGAGAAGUUCAUUGAGAUGCCGAGUUCAGAAUCUUUAGUACAUGUCACUAGUAGUGCGCAGAGAAAUAAUAAAAUUGAGGAACUGAAGCUUGGUGUUAUAGAUGAACAUGAUCAGAGAAAAGAAGAAGCCGUAUUACUGUCAUUGGGGCUCACUACAGGUGGCUUGCUUCCGAUGAAACUUCCGGGAAGCUAUCCGGGAAGCAUCGGAUUCGGAUCCAACGGUUCUGUCCAUCUCGAUGGGAUUAAACUUGCAUUUGAAUCGGAGAAAGCCGCGUGGGGAAGAACAGACCAUGUAAUCGGUUGUGGGUUUGAUCCAAGACAAAAGAAGGUCUACUUCACUGUAGAAUCGGAGCUAGUUCAUGUGGUGCAUUGCAAGUCGGAGGAGUUUGGGACUCCUCUGUACCCAACUCUUGCAGCAAACACAGAUAUUGAGGUAUUGGUCAAUUUUGGACAAAGUGUGUUCAAAUAUGCACCAGCAAAUGGGCACAGGACCCCCAAUCCCUGCUUUGUUGGUCCUCUAGGAAAUGCCUCCUCUCAUGCCUUUUAUGAAGAUAGCAAGGAGCUCUUUUCGAUGGGAAGGAUCGAUUCUCAGUGGCUUAAUCGGAGUACAACCAGAGGCAGCCAAUAUCCAGGCACUGCAAACCGGGCAUUAGAUUUUGAUGAGGAGUCUAAUGAUUUGUUUGAGAUUGUUUUGGAUAGUUGCGGAAGAUCACCAAACACCGUGUUAUAGAACACAGUAUAUAAGCAGUACUAAUUGACUGCAAUGCUCCGUGUGAGUGAGAUGGAUUCGCCGUCAGGGUUUAGCCUCUGGUUUGCUCAUCAUGAGAAUAUACAGAUAGAAACACGUUCCUACACAUAAUAGUUUUCUUUUUCCCCCUUGGAAAAAUUUUCUGCUCUAAUUUUGCAAGGGUACAUUCUUUGCCAUUGUAUAUAUACCAAAGUUCCUUUAAUUUUCAAUGUUUAUUCAAGUUGUAACUGAUCUUUGAUGUAUCUUUCAUGAAACUGAAGAUGAUUGUAUAACAUAAAUGAUAUUGGUAGUCAUUUGUAUAUGAAA